GUUAAAUGUGUUGACAAUAGUGGUGUUGCCAUCGAUUGAGUGACAAUGUCUUCAGACGUGGAAGAAUUGAGACAAAUGUCUGAUGAAGAAGUGGAACAAUUGAUGUAUGAGUUGAAGAGUUUGCGAUCGGAUAACGAGAUAAUGAAGAGAUUGUUGGCCACGAUUGAGACAAUGAGACAAUUGCUGACAAAUCGCAUGAAUAAGUGUUUGUGUAACCAAUCAAAUGACACCAAAUUGAAGACCAAACUCAAUGUUUUGAACCAUAAAUACGAAGAACUGAAGAGUGAAUUAGAUUUGGAUUCAAUGAACACUUUGACUAAUGAUAUGAUUGUCGUUAAUAGUGAACAACAAACGGAUGACUCAUUGACUGAACCAGAGAUGGAUCAGUUGGACAACGAAGACAAUGACAAUGAUAUGAACGAAACGAGUGAUUGGAUGACAAGUGAUAAAGAAAUUCAUGAACCAUCGGUUGAUCCCAAGAAUAGUAGUAAAGGCAAUGAAAAGCCAAACAUUAUUUACAUAAAUAUCGAGAACAUUGAGACCAUUAAUAAAAGUGUUGAUAUCGACCAUCAGUAUAAUGAAAGUGAUGAGGAGGUAGACAGGGAUGGUAUGGAUGACACGGAUGCGGACAAUAGUGAUGCUAUUUGUUGUGAUUUCGCGGACUCCAAGUCAGGGAUAUUGUGUCAUAAAGUGUGUAAAAACGCCGAGACUUUGAUGGCUCACAAGAGCCGACACUCGGGUCCGAAGCCAUGGUUUUGCGAAUACAAGUCCUGCCAAUACAGGGCUGUACUCAGGAGUCAUCUGAUCGGACACGUGAGGAAGAGCCACACCGGAAGGUAUCAGUUCUCAUGCGAUUGGCCCGGAUGUUCAUUCAUGGGUCCGUCUCGUUAUAACGUUAAACGACAUAAAAUCAUACAUACGGGAGAGAAGCCAUACAAGUGCAAUUGGCCGGGAUGUGAGUGGAGUAGUGCUAACAAUAAGAUAGCCGACCACAAGAGAAUACACACCGGCGAGCGGCCAUACGCUUGCAAUUGGGUUGGAUGUGAGGCCCGAUUCAGUCGACCCUUUACUCUGCGAAAUCACGAGCGGACGCACACCAAAGAGAAGCCAUUUGUGUGCGAUUACCCCAACUGUGACUUCAAGUCAUCGCAACAAACGCCAUUGACAGCUCAUAAGCGAAAGCAUCACAACUCGUCCGCAAACAUAGCCUCAGAAGAGAGCAUUAGUUUAGUUACUAAUUAUGAAACUGUGGAGACAUUAGGCCUCACUUCAUGAUAGUGUCAUAAUCGGCGACGAAUGACAUGAUGUAUAAACCAAACACUUCUCGCUGUUUAAUAUAAAUGAUUUUAGUAACCCAUCAGGUGUUCAAAGUGGAGGUCACUCCUGACCACAGAUGCACAGUAUGUCUACCAACCGGCACAUCCACUGCCAGUGACAGCCGGAG